UAUGUACAAAACAUUCCCUCAUGUAAUAUAUGAUUUGGAAUAAUCUGUGCUUACGUGAAAUAUGCAGGACAUAAGUUAUGCUUGUGAGAAAAAUACUUAAUGUUUUAAACCCACAAGCCGGAGCGGGGGCCAGAUUGCUUCACAAAACUGGGAGACCACAGAUGGCAGCAGAGAGCAAGUCCUCAUGAACAAAGGGAAAGACUCCGAUGGAGAUGGGCCUUUCCCGGGACAGCCCAGAACGCCCAAGCCAUGAAUACUCGCGUCCUCGCAGCGCGGUGAGCUCUGCCUUGGAGGUGCCCCACCCACUGCCCAGUUUCACCCCCUAUGUGGACGAGUCAGCUGAGCCCCAAAUGAUGACCCCCUGCAAAAUUGAGCCCAGCAUAAACUGCGUGUUAAGCACUCGCAAAGCUGAGGAGCGGGAGGACCCACUGCAGCGAGUGCAGCAGCAGCAGCAGGCUGCUCAGGCAAAGAAAGAGAUGGUGAUGUACUGCAAAGAGAAAGUUUAUGCUGGAGUGGAUGAAUUCUCUUUUGAAGAGAUCCGAGCUGAAAUCUACAGGAAGAAAGCGAGAAAGAAAGACGAGGAUGAAAUACAAGCCAUAGAACGGAAGAAGGAAGAAAUACAAAGGAAAAUUGAGGAGCUGGAGCAGAAAUUAAAGAAAAAAGAAGAUAACAAGCAGCAACAACCACAUGAACAGGCAGCAGAGGUAAUGGGAGCUUCCACACCUUUGGGAUUGCAAGGAUUUACUUUUUCCAGCACAAAAGAAUAUGGGGAGAAACAGCCUCAGUCACAAAGUGAAUUCCAGGUCUAUGAAGAUACUCAACUACAUAAACCAUCUUGUUCCGAGGAUGUAGGUCUGCUUCCCCCACCGGCUGCUGUUCCAUUUUUCUCUAUAUUUGAUGAAUCCUCUACUUUGACAAAUCAGAAUAUAAGGCAGAAUUAUUCAAGACCUGGAUUUCAGAGGGAAGGAAAACAGAAACAUCAAAACCCUUGCUAUAGCAGCUGAAAUAACUGUUUCUUGUAGGAGUGUGUGGGGAUGUGUGUUUUGUUUUGUUUAUAUUGUA